UAGCGGCCACGUCUCCGGGGACUUCUAGAGCGGUGUGGACUGUUAGUCCGCUCCUACUCCUUAUCUCCGCCUAUAAAUAAUGCAAAAAGGUUUAAAAGGUAUCUGUGCAUAUUGAAUGACUGGGACGUAUUUCAUGAAGAACUUUAGUUUGGUACAAAGAAGUCAACAAGAGGAACAAACAAUUAUUAUGAUAAUUUAGACAAUGGAUUUUAGACACACAUCAUCCGCGUGGGUCUCCGGAGAUCGGUUGUUUCUGUGGACAGAUCACAACUUUGGAUGCCUGGUAAUCUAACGCGUCAUAUGUAUUGUCUACGUACCUGUACGCUAUAUACAGAGAUUACCUAUACUAUAGUCGCUAUCCAGGGAUUUAUCACCAGACGGACGUUACGUCGGAGGGUGGCUGCUAAUGUGUGUUGACAUUUACAAGAAAGACAACACUUCACGACGUAUAGUGAUGUUUUAGAGAUACCUGUUUAGACGUUUGUGUGACAAAGAGAUCUGUAAAGAUAUCCUUGUUUCUAUCAUAUAUAGUUGACGAUCAUUUAUGAAACGCUUUGUUUGUCAAAAUACCUAGCCAGUAGAUAUUUUAUAUAUUUAACAAGUACAAUUUCAUUAUGUAAAUAUUCAAUUAUACCAAUAAUAUAAUUUCACAAAUUGACUAUAAUACAGUGCUUACAUGAUGCCGUAUGGAAACUUUUAGGUGUAAAACAUGAAAAUUCAGGAUCCUCAAUGUUUUCAUAAGAAACAAAUUUCUAGUCACCUUGGUAAGCGGUCACACAAUAGAUUACGAUCUUAUUGUAUAGUGCCUCGUGUAACAUUUCCUGAUUAUGAAAUAUAACUUCUCACGAACCAUUUCGAGGAAAUAUUGAUAUAGAAAGAAGAGCUCAAACACCUCCCGGGGGCUACUGGGUAUAGCGCGAGGGUUAUUUACCUGAACCAUUCAGACUGUCUGAUAUAUGUCGGUAAUUCCUGGAGCGACCAAUCAUAUUUCAAGAAUAUAGUACGGGAGGCUAUAUACUGUAAACGUCGUAAAUACGGACACUGUUCUUUUCGAAAUGUUUAUAAAACGAUGAUACUAUGUUGUGGGAUGUUUUCCUAUCCAAGGACAGUCGGCAGUAUUGGUAAACCUACGUUUUGAUUAUAUCAGACUAUAAAACUGCCUAAGAAUGCUGAAGUAUUGGUGUAGCUCAUUGUGGUCUUUAUUAUCCCUGCUCAGUAAGGGUCGAACGUGGAUAGCCUUCACCUUGCUGUGUGCGGCCCUCUUAACGUUUCACGAGCUCACGCGCGUUAGUGACGUAACAGACUAUAACCACCCCGGGACUUGGAUCCCUUUUACGGAUAGCAAUUUCCGAGCUGAAAGCCAAGGGUAUCCCAGUGUAAAGGAAUGCAGGGAAAACUUCGAACAAAGGAAUAAGAGCCGCCAGUGGUUUUGGUCUCCGUCCUACAAAAAUCCAUGUUGGCGUGGGGAAAAGGGAUUGCUAGGUUGUGUCCCUUACUUCUUCGUGCUGGGGUUCCCAAAAUGUGGCACCACCGAUCUCUUCAACAGGAUCAAACUACAUCCGGGUUACGUACCUCCAUUGUUCAAAGAAAUCCAUUGGAUAACGAGGUAUCGUUUCUUCCCGCUAGGGAGAAAUGCGAAGGGGAAGCGGAUAAUUCAGCACGUGCGUGAUCUACAUAAGGGAUUCCGGAUGUACCUCAGAGUGUUUUCUCCUUUGACGGAAAUCUUAAAAUGGUGCUACGAUCCAUAUAACUCUAACACCACCACCACCACCACUGUCGUCACUUCCGGUGCAAGUCCAUAUAUGUCCUGUGAAGACAGAAUUACAGGAGAUUUCAGCCCGUCCACGAUCUGGGACUCGGACCUGUACACACAGCUCCCAGAGAACAAGGACAGGAUGGUACCCGUCCACACCCCCGGUGACUUCGUCCACGACAUGAACCCUUGCGCCAAACUCAUCAUCAUGCUAAGAAAUCCAGUCAACAGACUUUACUCAGAUUACCUCCAUUUCUAUAAACACAAGUCACCCCAACAAUUUCACGAAAUUGUGACAAGCACCAUUGAUCUCUACAAACGUUGUUUCCGGAAAUGGGGAAUCAGGCCAUGUGUACACCAGUACUACCUAGAGGUGACAGGGAAGGCUCGUCUUCGUUUGGGAAUUUACUACAUAUAUAUUUCUGAUUGGUUGGAAAAAUUUCCACGUGAUCAGUUCCUUUUCAUUCGAUUGGAAGAUUAUGCUGUAGACACAAAGCACCACUUACAGAAUAUCUUCAAAUAUCUGGACUUACCUCCUAUAUCUGAUGGCCUUCUUAAUGAGAUGUCAUCGGCAGCACCAACAAACACACGUCAAGACCGGAAGGAGGAUAGUGACGCGCCCCCUAUGUUACCGGAAACCAGACUAACACUGGAUCAAUUCUAUGCACCGUUCAAUAAAAAACUAGCAAUGCUUUUAAAUGAUAAACGUUAUGAGUGGUAACUUAUAAAGUGGAACAAUAUUGACUUAAGGUAGCAGAAAUUGGAGUGGCUUUUAUAUCAAUAAAUACAUAUACCGCACAAUAUCAAAUGUGGUGCCCAUUUAAGGAAGUAAAAAGCUACUAGACUUGUCCUUCAGACAUUAUGACGUAACAAUCUAUUUGAUCCCAUUGGUUGGAGCAUAUGUAGCCUUGUGUUAUACUAACCUUUUAUGAUAUUUCUUUUAAUAAAA